AUGCAAUCAACUGCUGUUCCCCUAGGAUUGGUCAAUACCGGAAGAGUGAUAGGAAUGUUGCUCGCCUACCGCACAUAUUUAAUCCACAGAGCAUACUUUGCCUCUGAGACAAUAAUAGAUCUGUCUAACCGUGGGUUACAACCCACGUUCUAUCGCUUGUGGACAACCACCCUUUGGCUUGUUGCUGCAGGGAUCGUACUAUCCCUUGAUCUUAUCCAUGCGGCCUCUCAAAAGAGAGUGUUUCCAAAUAUUUCUUCUCGACGGAAGGGAUUGGCCGAACUUCAGACAUUGCUCCUUACCCGGGCCGAUACAUCAGGAAUUGGCUCGCGCGGUGCGAUGCUCAUCGGCUAUCUGUGUGCCAUUGAGCGCGGAAUUUCGGUGGCCAGGCUCCCUGCAAUUCAAAUAACGCGGAAGAUCAUCCUUGACCUAGUUGCAACCAGCAAUGGUGGCUUUUUUGCUAGUGAAUCUGAACCGGCGGCAUGCUAUGAUUCGCAGCAAGAAACUUGGCCACGGCCUUCGCUAUAG